CGCAAGUCGGCAAUGAUGGACGCGCAGCGCAACGAGCGCGUCUUCCGCAACGUCCGCCGCCUUCUACCGUCCUCGAUUACGGAUGCUGAGAUCCGUACGGUGCUGGCUGCCUACCGACACUACCCGAAACCCGGCGGGCUAGCGCACACAUACCUCGAGAGGAAGUAUGGCCUCGCGCCUGGCCCAGUGCCAGCGCUCGGCGCGCCUCCCGUGCCCGCUCCCGUGCCCGCUCCCUUCGGGUUCCGACCAGGCCGCCUCCUUCGAGGCUGUGGCCUCGGCCCAGCCGAGCGCUCCUACCAUGCGCCUGCGGCUGAUCUGCUCUCGGCCGCACGCGACGACCCCUUGGAGCCCGUCCUCGCCUCCCUGCUCGAGGAGUCGUUCUCCGCGAGGCUGGCCUCAUCUACGGGCGUCAACGACGAGGAGCGGCAGACGAACGGCGUUGCGGUUAGCGUCAACCCCCUCUACGCUGCUGGCUCCUCGCUGCACGCCGCCUUCGUCGCCGCAUGCCGGCGCAACCUGUCGCUCGAGGUGGAGGUCGUGUUCCACGGCACCGCUGACCGCAACGUGGACGCCAUCUCCGAGAAUGGCCUCGAUCCCGCACGGCGUGGCCAGCACGGGCAGUCGCUCGGUCCCGGCGAGUACUUUGCGCGCGACCCGCUCAUCUCCCUCUCCUACUGCCAGUGGGGCGGCGGGUUCCGGCCGGGAGCAGGACCGACACGCAUGCUCAUCUUCGCCGUGCUCAUCGACCCGCGCAACGACGGCGUGCCCGCGUUCGCGCGCGAGGACUUUGGCGGCUCCUCGCCCAUCGUCGUCGUCCCGGAGGCAGACCACCAGCUCCCGAUCGGCGUGCUCACCCUCAGGCCGGGCGAGGAGGCGAUGGGCCAGGCCACGAGCGUCGUGAACGCCUUGAUGCGGAAGGCCAAGGCCGCGAGCGACGCCGCGGCGGUGGCGGAGAAGCAGGCGAGCGCGGCAGAGAGCUUCGCGCGCGUCUGCCAGCUCCUCAUCCGCGAGGAUCUUGACGCAGCUGCAGCGGCGUACCAGGCGGCAAUCGCCUCAGACGCAGCCGUCACCUCGAGCUGGGCGCACGCUCUCUCUUUCUACCUGCGCAAGUACCGCCUCGAGCCCAGCCUCGUCCAGGCCAUGUUCCCGGGCGUCGAGGGCGUCGAGGUUGACGCUGGCGGCAGCAGCAGCGGGGGCUUGGGCAGCUUGGGCUCAGCCAGCCGCACCGUCUCGAAGCGCCCCUUCGACGGCACCGUCGAGGAGCUCAAGGCGAGCGCCACCGCCAAGCGGGCCGAGGCUGACGCGGCCCACUCCCGCUGGCGCGCCGCUUCGAGCCGCGCGGCCAGCAGCGCCGGCUCCAACCCGGCGCGGGCAGUGCCGGGUCGGAACGCGCGGCCUGCGGCCGUUGCGUCGACGGCGGCGGCCACGCGGCGCGUCACCAAGGAGCUGCGGCAGCUGGCGCGCGCGGAGCACGGCUGGACCGUCGAGCUUCCGGACGAGGCGAACUGCUACGUGUGGCGCGUGGCAAUGCAGCCCGAGCCGGGCACGAACCUCGCGCGCGAGCUCGUCGACCACGCCCGCCGGACCGGCGAGUCGGAGGCGGUCCAGCUUGAGGUCGCCUUCUCGGGCGACUACCCUGCCGCGCCGCCGUUUGUGCGCGUCGUCUCGCCUCGCUUCGAGUUCCACACCGGCCACGUGACGGUCGGCGGCUCCGUCUGCCUCGAGACGCUCACCACUUCGGGCUGGAACUCCGAGCUCUCGAUGGAGGGCGUUCUCCUCCUCGUGCGCUCGGCCUUUGCCGACGGUGGCGGCCGGCUCGACCCGGUGCGGGCGCACGUCCCUUACGCCGAGCGCGAGGCGCGGGCGGCCUUCGAGCGCGUGGCGCGCGCGCACGGCUGGGGCGCAUGAGCACAGAGCUCGAGAGCGUAGUAGAGGCGAGAAGGGCCGAUGCACCCCCGGCCGGCCCCGCCAUUGCCGCCACUUGCCACUUUGCGGUGGUAACUGGAAGUAAGUAUUGGGCGAGUGCGCCGACAUCGGUCACCGCAGUGCAGAGGCGAGAGGGCGCCGUCUGUUUAAAUGUGGCGCCGCCUGUCCCAGGGUUACGUUAUUACGAGUGUAUCGGGGCGCGCCCACGAGCUCGGCCGUUAUUU